AUGACGGCGCUACAGGCGGAUGGCAAGCAGAGGCUCUACAAUGUAAAAAACCUUUAUGGUUGGAGUGAAGCAAGAAUAACUCAAAAGGCACAUUAUGCUGCAAUGGGAAAACGAGGCAUUGUGGUAUCGCGAAAUCAUAAUACGAAAGGCGAAGCACCGCAAGAUCCCGCACUAUGGCCAAGUGUAACUGAGGCAACGAAGAAAGCUACGCUGUUCCGAUACAGAUACCUGCCCUAUUUGUUUAGACAUUGCGUGCUAAUAUUCUAUCCAAUUCAGAAUGCAAACUCCGUAGACGUCUAUCUACCAAAAGACGACUGGUAUUCGUUAUUUGAUUUCCAGUACGGAGAAGCAUGUGAAAGUGGUACUCGAAACUAUCCGGCUCCAUUAACGUCGUUGAUUCCAGUUUUUGUCCGAGGUGGCUCUAUUUUGCCGCGCCAAGCAGCCAACACAACUACUUCUGCAUCUCGAGAGAAUGCCUUUGAGCUUUUGAUUGCUCCAUUCACCUCCGGCAAAAAGAAAGGCAAGGCUGAGGGAGCUCUUUAUUGGGAUGACGGCGAAAGCGUGGUCGAGUCCUUCUCUACCCACAAUUACUACCACUGGACUUUCAAGUAUCACAUGAAUGAUAAAGGAGCACAAUUGGCGAUCAAAACGAAACGACAAGCAGUGAGUUGGGCUAUUAUUGUCCUGUUCCCUCCAUGCAUCGUUGGUACAGAUAUAGUAGUAGUGAAGCAGAUCCGUCGUGAUAGAAGCGCCAGCAAGAAGUCCUCUAUAUUCUCACUUUCAGAAAAAUCUGGCCGUUCCCACGCUCGAUAUAAUAGAGAUCUUCCACUACGAACACUUUCCAGACUUUACCAGCUUCGAGCAUGA